CACUAGAGGAGCAGUGGGGCUUCUUGAAUAUUAUAUUCUGUAGUAGUAAUGAUGGAUGCCGUCGAGUCCGACAGAAGGGCUUCUCCUCUGAAGAACUUCGUGGCUGGAGGGGUUGGUGGGCUCUGUCUCCUGUUCGCUGGACACCCGCUGGACACUAUCAAGGUCCGUCUGCAAACGCAGGGAAGUGUUGUCUACAGAGGAACAUAUGACUGCCUCCGAAAGACUGUUUUCAAAGAGGGGGUAUUUGGCCUGUAUAAAGGGAUGGGUGCUCCGCUAGCUGGUGUCACCCCGAUGAUGGCACUGAAUUUCUUUGGCUUUGGGCUGGGAAAGGAACUUCUGCAACGGGACCCCACCGUACCAAUCACGUACACACAGAUCUGCUUGGCAGGUAUGCUGGCAGGAGUGUUCACCACUGUGAUCGUGGCUCCUGGAGAGAGAAUCAAGUGUUUACUUCAGACCCAGUCCUCAGCCGGUCAGCUGAAGUACACUGGACCAGUGGAUUGUGGACUCAGACUGUAUAAGGAAAAGGGAAUUUGCGGUGUCUACAAGGGCACUGUUCUUACUCUAAUCAGAGAUGUGCCCUCGAAUGGUAUAUACUUUCUAACAUAUGACUUCUUAAAACACUACCUGACCCCUGAUGGGGAGAGUGUGCACCGUCUCAGCACUGCCAGGGUGCUUCUCGCGGGCGGGGUUGCCGGCACGGUGAACUGGCUGAUCGCUCUGCCUGCAGACGUGCUGAAGUCAAACUAUCAGACCGCCGCCGACGGCCGGUACCAGGGUUUAGGAGACGUGCUGAGGACACUGUUACGGGACGAAGGAGCUCGCGCUCUCUACAAAGGCUUAAGCGCAGUCAUGUUACGAGCAUUUCCAGCUAAUGCGGCUUGUUUUCUAGGGUUUGAGGUUUCGCUAAAGUGCCUGAACUACAUUGCUCCAGACUGGUGACUUCACAAUGACAACGGACGAGGGUUUUUUUAAUUAUUUAAAUACAUUGUUUUUUAUGUAGCAUUGUUUUCUGACAGCCUUUAAGGGGCAGAAAGAAAAAGGCAUAUUGGUUUAUCUUUUCCUUGCCAUUUGAUUCAGAACAGAUGUUGUGCCUUUACAGUCAAGUCUCUUACAUUUCUAAGACACUCUCUUACAGUAUGUCACGCUUAUUACUUGAAUGUAUGUAUGUAUCAUGAAUGUUAUCUUAUUAUGUUAAUUAUUUGCAAUUUAAUAAUAGCAAUACU